AUGUCAAAUAAUUCUUCUAGCUAUGAAAGUGAUUUAGAAAAUUCUAUUGUACUAAAUGUUAAUUUAGAUGCUUUAAAAAAGUCAGCUUCAAAUGUAUUUCAAGUACAAUGCACCUCUAUACAAGAAUUUAAUGAAGGUGGAUUUCAUAAAGUAUAUAUCUUAAAGAUAGAAGAUAGUAAAGAAUAUAUUGGAAGAUUAGCAAUCUCUGUAUAUCCACAAUGGAAGACAGAAAGUAAGGUGGCAGUUAUAGAGUAUAUUCGUUUAAAUACGCAUAUCUCUGUUCCCAAAGUUUAUUAUUGGAAUAGUUCUGUCAAUAAUCUGGUAGGAACAGAAUAUAUUUUAAUAGAGUAUUUACCUAGUAUUCGUCUUUGUGAAAUAUGGAGUAACCUCAGCAUAAAAAAAAAGAAGUUAUUUCUUUUAAAAAUUAUUGACAUUCAAUUGGUACUUAAAAAACUUAUGUUUUCAAAAAUUGGUAGCAUUUUUUUCGAUAGUAAAAAUGAUCAAUUUAAAAUUGGUCAAGUGAUUGAAAGUAUCUUUUUUACUGGUGAGCGAGCAACUUUACCCACUAUGGAAUGGGGUCCUUUCAAAACAACAAAGGAAUAUAUCUUAGCAGUUAUUCGAAAUCAGAUGCAUUACUAUAGCAUGUUUAAAUCUACAAAAAAGCAAAAGUGUUUGAUUCCAAAAUAUGAAGAACUAUAUCAAUUG